GAGAGAGAGGGGCCCCUACUCUUUCGCUGGGAAAACUCAACCGUCUACCGCAUCCACGCAUAUCCCGCACAUGGUGCCCGUGCAGUACAUGGUAUUUGUUGCCGUUUGAUGUUAUUUGGGUGUGUCACAAGUUUAUUUUUUGUAAAGCAACAGCUCUCUAAACUCCCAGAACAAUGCCGAAGUCAAAGAGAGACAAGAAAAUAUCUCUCACUAACACUGCCAAGAAAGGACUUCAGUUCAAGCAGCAAUCAGUAGAAGAAGUUCGCAAAUGUGUUGAUAGCUACGAGAGAAUAUUUGUUUUCUCCGUAGAAAACAUGCGUAAUGGGAAGCUGAAAGAUCUACGGGAUGAUUGGAAAAAAGACAGCAGAUUCUUUUUUGGUAAAAAUAAGGUAAUGCAACUUGGCUUAGGAAAGUCAAAAGAAGAUGAACCUCACUUAAAUUUACAUAGGUUAUCAAAGCAAUUAAUUGGGCAGUGUGGACUUCUUUUCACCAAUCGUUCCAAACAAGAAGUUGUCGACUUCUUUGAAACAUUCACUGCUCCAGAUUAUGCACGUUCAGGAUUUGUUUCAACAGAAGAAAUCAUAUUGCCUGAAGGACCUCUUCCAGAUUUUGCACAUUCUCUGGAACCUCAUUUAAGGCAACUGGGAAUGCCCACCAGUUUGCAGAAAGGUGUUAUAACUUUAGUUAAAGAUUAUACUGUUUGCAAAAAAGGAACUGUGCUAACACCUGACCAAGCCCGUAUUUUGAAAUUGAUGGGUAGACAAAUGGCAGAAUUCCGUGUCACAUUAAAAUGUAUGUGGGAUAAGGAUGGAGGUAAAAUCAAAAAGUUUAAAAAUGAAACCAAAAAUUCACAAAAUGGUACAGAAGAGAAUUUCAGCCUACGAAUGGAUGCUGAGGAAGAUAUGGAUGAAAACGGAGAAGAUAAUGAAAAUGAUGAUGAUGAAAUGGAUGCGGAAGGCGGUGAUGAGGAAGAUUAAAUAUUCCCAAAUUUUCCAUGUCUAUCAAACUAUUUCUCCCCAUAGGGUCUAUAUUUUUCCAUCUGGAUGCCUUUACUUAUAUAUUGUUUCAAUUUAUCAAUUGACACUCAUAAUGCCCUCAAAUGUCCUUCUAAAGUAUUCUGAAAUUUUGCAUCCACUUUGCAUUACUGUGAUAUCUGAAUAGUAGUUAUUAUGAAUGUGGCACUUCAAUUUCUUAACUACUCAAGUAAUUGGUCAUGUUAAUUUUCGUGGUUCCGUAUUCUCCGUUUUAAAGAUACAUACGACAAUAAAAGUAUGUAACCAGA